UGACAAGAGGUGGCUGCUGGGCCAAUGGGAGACAGGUGAAACUCAUUAGGCUGUGGCAGCUGCUCCUCUCAUGUUAUGAAAGCAGGGCAGUGUACACAUCGGGAGUCCUCCGGCUGAUCCACUAUGCUUCGUGUCACCACUGCCUCCCUGUGCACCUACUGCCAGAGGAUAAGGCUGCUUGUCCCUAACUCUGCCUCAGCCUUCACAGUGACAUCCCCCAACAAAAAACCUGAGAACCAGCUCACAGUAGACUCCCUCUAUGAGCUGUCAGUGGACAUCCGGAAGGUGCGCAAGUCGAAAGCCUGGGUUCUUUCUGAGAAAUCUUCGUAUGUGUCAGAAACUGCCGAUCUGUUGAGGGACAUGGGCGCGGACACAGCAGCCAUCGCUCUCAUCUUGGAGACUCACCCUGAGGCUGUCCUCUGUCGGCCUGAGGACGUGGCCGCUCAGCGGGACCUCUGGGUGUCCGUGUGCCCCAACAAGCGUGAACUCAUGAGCAUCAUCGAGAAGUUCCCAGCCUCUUUCUUUACAUUGACUCACUAUAGCAACCAGCGGGACAACAUCCUCUACCUCCAGAGCCUGCGCCUCAGCAACAGGAUCAUCGGAAAGCUGAUUGCCAGCGCCCCGCAGAGCUUCAGCCGACCCGUGGAGCUGAACAAGGAGGUCAUCCACACGCUGAGGGAGACCUACCUGGACCUGGGCGGAGAUGAAGGCAACGUGCGUAUCUGGCUGCAGAAGCUCCUCAGCCAGAACCCUUUCAUCCUACUGCGGCCGGCUGAGGCCUGGAGGGACAGCCUUGGCUUCCUGAGGGAGCAGGGCUUCACCACGCAGGAGCUCCUUGGCCUGGUCUCCAGCCUCCGGGCCUCCAUCGCAGAGCUGCAGCCUGAGUGCAUGCAGCAGGCGCUCGCCUUUGUCGAAGAUGCUCUCGCAUGCUCCAAAGACGAACUCAAGCUAAUUGUGAUUCACUGCCCUGCCAUUUUGUACUACUCUUUACCAACGCUGGUGGGUCGGUUUCACGGACUGAUGGAUGUUGGAGUGAGCAUGGAGCAGGUGAAGGAAUCUCCAAAUGUCCUGGAGCUCACCACGCAAAUCGUGCUGUAUCGCACCCAGAAGCUGGCGUCCUACGGGUACGACGUGCGCAACGGCAGCCUGGACGUCAUCGUGGGAACUAAGAAGGACUUUGAGAUGAGUUAUGGAAAGCUGCAGCUCAGGAGGCAGAGGCCGCUCUUCAACCCUGUAGCUCCUCUCAGAUCUGCUGAGGACUGAAUGACACAAUUUGUCGAUAUGCUGCAGUUGCACAAUAUGAGGAAAAUAUGCAAGUAGUUGUUGAAUAUCGCGAUAACGAUUUAGAGAAGUGUACUCGGUUCUGCUGCUUUCAGUAAAAGAAAUUACUAAAUUAAAGUAAAUUGUUGUCUUACUGAACAAAUAAACUGCAUAUAAAAGGCACCGAAAAGGAUGAUAGUGCAUUUUUCUGCUGAUACCUUCUCUCAAUCUACAUGCUGUUUAUAAAGUGAGUUUUUUGGCGGGAAAAAUUGUAUCGUGACUUUGAUUUGAUGCUGAUUUUGGGAGGGCUUUACAAAUUCAGCCUUCGUGCAAGACACAAUAAAGAGGGAGGCAGGUUCAAAUCAAAAGCAAACCUUUAGCAAUACAAUACUUUCUAUGGAAUAACUUUAUUGUGAAACUAAUACCUUUCCACCUGUGGCCUUCAUCAUGCUGAGGGAUAAUAUGACACUGUCUCAUCUACAGAAAACCACCAAGUACUGUAUCAUAUGACAAACAUUGAAAUAGUGAUGCACGUAAAUGAGUGCCAUCCUUAUUUACUGCUGUAUUUGACAAAAUGGUUGUGGUUACAUAUCAUGAUGUGCAAUAAAUGGCACAUUUAACUA